ACUUACCAACCAACACUUUCAAAACCUCUACUCACCCUCUAGUCGCUCCUUUAUUCCCCUCUUCUACGUCUAACUACCCUCCUCCUCCUUUUCACCUUUCCAAACAUCAAAACAUUUCAAUCCCCCGUCCUGGAAAUUAGCCAAUGAUUGAAUCAGGGUAUCAUCGACCACAUACUCGUUUCAAAAUGGCCACCCAGAUGGGCAUCGGAAAGUCAUCCGCUCGAGAGGCGGUGGGCCACGAUGGCUACCCCAAUUUCCCCGGUGAGCCUUACAUCGACAACGCGGAGACCACUGUCAUCGAAAAUGACCCACAGCGCCGGCUCCCGCCCCCAAAAGUCCCGAAAUCGCAACAUGUCACUUCCCAUAUUCUCUCAGGCCCCUCUGAAUCUCACACCCCUUCUAGCCAUUUGAUGGAUCCUCCUUUCACUAGGCAGCUGAUCCGUAAUCUCUCCGUUUCCUCGAGGCUCCACGUAGCGGGUUACUCGACCACAUGUCCUUUAAAGUGCGCUCAAUGUCAAUGGUCUCCAAACGAGGCUACAUUGUUUGACAAGGUCCCUCGGGGCCACCGAUAUCACAGGGUUGAUAAGUUAUGCCUCGGCACUGAAGUCUUAUCCUCUAAUGGUAUCACUUUGUCCAAUAAUGACUCUUCGGGGGAUUGUCGAAGUUGCAAGUGUACUGUUGGGGAUUCUAGUUUGAACAGAGAGUUUGGGACGCAGCCGUCGGUCGCUGGAGGGCCAUCCAAGGGGUGGGCUUCUGUAGUCGGGUUAAAAACAGGUGGAUCGGGGGAUGCAAAUCGGUUCGCGUCAUACAUGCUUGUUAUCUGGCUCUUACCACUCGCGGUGUCCACUUUUCUCGUGGCGGCGUUGGGGAUUCCACACGGUGCUCGCGCCGGUGCUCUCCUCAACUCUACGGGAGAAUUUGUCGUUUCAAAACCACCUCCUAGGCUGAGAACUCCUGCAUUGUGGUUAUUACCGCUGUUUCCCUCAGCUUUCCAACCCCCCUAUACAUUGGAACAGCUACAUCGAUCUCGCCCCGCUUCACGCUUAAAAACUAUCCUACGAGCUAAUUGCUCUGAAACAUUUUGCCAACUACGUCUAUUAACUCCUACCCCCUGCUCCUGGCCCAUCACAAACAUGUCCGGAUACGAUCAAUUCACACCCGGGGAGUAUCUUCCUGUGGGAUACGACCCAGAUAAUUCGCAUUUUGCGGACGCGAUAUACACAUUGAUCCCCGAGUACGAGGAACCGAUCCUCGACUACACCGACCUACCCCAAACUCCCACGGAUGCCUCCCUCCAUCCUAUAUUCAUGUUCACGCCUCACAUAUCACCCUUAGAGACGCCACAAACAUCUCCCGCGACGCUGUGCGGAGAUCCCCAGUGGCUGCCUAGGAGCGAAUUUGGGGACGAUUCCUCGGGAGACCUUUUCUCUUUCGGGUCCCCUUCCUCAAAUUUUCCUUCUUCCCCCGUGGAGACCCCGAACUCAUUCAAAUCAUCCCCCGGGGAUCAGAUCCCCCAAACUCCCAUAUCUUUGGAGCCAAGCUCCCCACCACCCCACGCCCCGGAACCCCUCAAGAACCCUGACGGCACAUGGGCAUUCCCCCAAGCCGGAACAUCUCUGGAGCCAAGCUCUCCACCACUCCCCGCCCCGGAGCCCGUUCAGAACCCUGACGGCACGUGGGCAUGCCCUCAAGCCGGAUGUACCCACCCCGGCCACAAGCGGCGGUGCGAUGCUAGAAAGCAUCACAAAUCCCACACCAAGCCGUAUGCUUGCGAGAUGGGGAACUGCACCUACAGAUCCUCAAACGCUAAAGAUCGGGAGCGGCAUUAUGACACUCGGCACGCAAGCAUGAAGCAUCCCGCGUGUCCCGCACCAGGCUGUGGGGUUCUCAAGAGUCGCGUCGACAACAUGCGCGACCAUAUCCGCAGGAAGCACCAGGGGAUGGAUUAUAGGAGCCCGAAAAUUUCGGCGCUUUACCCGCGCCGCCGCGGCAGGAGAUAGUUACUCCCCCCAAACUCUUUGGCUGAUAAGCCAGCAAUUCUCAUGCCCGGUGUUGGCAUCUUUGUCCUCUAACUAUGAAGUAGGGGCGAAUGGAUAAUUUCUUUCACGUGAUUUAUAGGCAUCCUUCGUUUCCGGGGGAGCCGGUUAUUUCUGAUUGGUGGACCCCGUUCACCCUUCACGGAACAAUCGACUUCCCCAGAUUCAAUGGGUUUCAAUGAACUACGUGGUAGAGAUUGUUUCUUCCAGUGCUGAUCGGAUGGGAAGGCUAGAUCAGCUGGGGGUAGUCCGAGGGUGGAAAGCCCGGCUUUCACUCUGUUUCCUUGGAGUGGGUUCUCGCGUUGUUUUUUGGUUUUUUUUCUUUGGUUUUUGGUUUUGUUUUAUCUCCAUUUACUCGCUUUUUUGUUUUUCAGGUUGUAAGGUUUCUCACGGACCGGAGGUGGAAAAAUGUGACGGUUUCAUUUUAUUGAUUUUGAUUUUUUUGAAAAUGGCGGGGAAAAUAGGGCCUCUUGUGCGAACAAUUGGCGGUUCGGAAAAAAAAUUGAUGUUCUCGCAUGUUUAGUUUUUGGAAUUUAGAAAAUUUGUUGCGCGUCAA